GGGGGAGGAGAACGCGUGACCGGCCCCGCCCCCCCCCACGCGUCCGUCCCGCCCCGCCCGGCCAAUCCCCGGCCCAGAGCAGCCAGUGCGAGCGGCGUUCACGGCCCUCCGGAGAGAGAGCGGACCGCGGCGGACCCGGCGCAGUCAGGGUCAGGGUCAGGGUCACGGUCAGUGUCGGUGGCUACGCCGGCCGCAGCCCGCCCCCUCCGACGUCACCGCGGCCCAGCGGCGGCCGCUGCAGCAGCAGCAGCCCGGACAGAGGCGGCCGCGGCGACCCCCGCGGUCCCCCGCAGUCCGCAGCCCCCCGGGCCCGCCCCCCGUCGGCUCGCCGCCGAACCCGCAGACCCGGGCCAUGGCGCAGAGCGGGCAGCCCCCGCCCCCACCCGAGGAGAACCUGCAGGGCUCUUGGGUGGAGCUGCACUUCAGCAGUAACGGCAAUGGCCACGGUGUUGUGCCAGCCUCAAUCUCAGCCUAUAAUGGCGACAUGGAAAAGAUUCUUCUGGACGCGCAGCAUGAGUCUGGACGGAGCAGCUCCAAGAGUUCUCAUUGUGACAGUCCGCCUCGUUCACAGACACCCCAAGACAUUAACAGAACUUCUGAAAUGGAUACUCACAGCAUUGGAGAAAAGAACAGCUCCCAGUCUGAAGAAGAUUAUAUGGAAAGAAGGAAAGAAGUGGAGAGCAUCCUGAAGAAGAAUUCAGACUGGAUCUGGGACUGGUCCAGCAGGCCUGAAAACAUCCCCCCAAAGGAGUUUCUUUUUAAGCAUCCAAAGCGCUCGGCCACUCUCAGCAUGAGAAACACGAGUGUCAUGAAGAAGGGAGGCAUCUUCUCGGCAGAGUUUCUGAAGGUUUUCCUCCCGUCCCUGCUGCUCUCUCACUUCCUUGCCAUUGGGUUGGGGAUCUACAUUGGAAGACGCCUCACCACUUCCACCAGCACCUUCUAAGGCAGUGGGGCCAGGAGUCUUGCCAAGCAGCAGGCUACUGUCUGAUCAUGCAGAAUGGUUACUGGAGGAAGUCCGUCCAUUCACCCGUGAUGGCUCCUGUGACUUGUUUUCAUUUGUUGUGUAAAUGUCGUGUUCCUAGUUCAGUAGAAUGGGAGGGUAGAUACCCGUAUUCACACCUGGGCACCAGCGUAGGGAGCCGAUCAGACUGAUUUACCUUUCCUCUUUGUAGCUCUUUGAUGACCACCAUUCCUAUCCCAAUCUUGAGGCUUUCUGGACUUGGAUGAAAUCCCCAAACUUCCAGGUUCCCCUAAACAUUGCUACUCCUUUGAACAAGUGAAUCAUGUCGUUACUAAAAAGCAUUAUGUUUAGGGGCUUGUUACACAUGGUCCCAGAAAACCCCCUGUGCCUGUUUGCUCUGGCUGGAGCAGCCACUUGUUGAACUCCCCUCUGUUUUGCUGGGUGGUCUUUCUGGGCAAAUGAGAAGAGGAUGGAAACUCUCAUUGUGGCCGACUCAGCUUGAGCCAGUCCAUCCAUCACUGACAUUUGAUGUCUCCUUCGGCCUCCUCCCUUUGCCCCAGAACUUGAUUGGUUUCCUGUGUAGGGCCCCAUGUGGCCUGUAGCAGUACCAGAUGACUGCUCCUGCUAGGCCUGCUCACUUCCCCAUGCUCUCUGCUAGGCCCAUGCUCUAUGCUCCUUUACCCUGCUCUUUAUCUAGUUCAGCAACUGAAACCAGAAUGGGAAUAAUUCUUUGUUUGCCAAAUCCUCUGAGAUGGCCUGUGUUUAGGUCCAGUUCACCAGAGUCUUGUGAGCCCAAGAGAGGUUCACAUCUUCUCUGUUUUCCUUGAGGCAAAUAUUUUCUGAAAAGAGGCCAUGUCUUUGCUGUGCUGGACACACUCAACAUUUGUUUAUAUUUGCCUCUGACGUUCCUCCCUACCCCCCCCCCCCCUUCAUCUGGACUAAAUAAAUGCAGCCUUCUAAUUUGAAAAGGAAAAUCUCUCCUUAUCUGCCAUCAGCCCCUUCUUCACAUGGAGAAACAUGGCCCACGUUGGUUAUCAUCCUUCUCAGUGUAUCCACGUUGGCUCCCCUUCUUUGGCCAUGCCAUGAGCAAGCACCCUCUGAGGCAGGUAGCACAGCCCCCACAGAGUUUGCCUCAGAGACUCGGCCCUAUUUGCUAAGAUAAGGAAGAGAGGUUCCAUUCUGUGGCUAGACCUGUCCUUAGCCACCCUGCCGAUCAUUAAGCUAAGUUAACAGUAAUUGCCAUGUGCCCAAGCACCUUAAAAAAAUGAAGGAUCUUUUGUUUUUAUAUCCCCUUUACUACUGAGCAAUUCCCUCUCCUGCCCAGCAAACCAUUUCUUGUAACAUAAUAAAAGCAUUUCAGCCAAAUUAACACA